CCCGUUGUCCGCGGACACGAGCCGCGGCUCCGUACACAUCCAGAGAAGAGAGCAGCUGAAGCGACAACCAGGAAGUGAAAACACACAUGGAGGGUGUGUCUGCCACUACCUCUGUGCAUUUUAGUUUUCAAAGCACUGUCCUCCGCGGAUAGAUUGAUAAAUGGGGGACUCGGCGAGGACCAAGCGGCGGGAGCAGCUGAAGCGGUGGGCCGGCUCUUGCACCGACAAAUCGUCCGACGUUCCCAGGCGGAGGCGGCGGGGCGACGCCGGGGACGGAGAAGGGGAGCCCGAGGCCGAGCUCUGCAACCCGCCGAAGGAGCAACCAGUGUGUUUGGACAGAGAUGAGUCCAGCCCCGGACUUAGACGACGGAAAAGGGUGAGGUUUGACAGCGCUGCAGAGUUCCUGGCCGCCUGUGCCAGUGGCGACACAGAGGAGGCCCAGGUGAUGCUGGAGGAGGCCAAAGACACCAAACGGAGGAAUGACGAUGAUGAGGCCGAUAUUAUUAACUGCUCCAAUGCUGACGGAAUCACAGCUCUGCACCAGGCGUGCAUAGAUGGCAGCAUGGAGAUGGUGACCUUCCUUUUGGAGCGUGGUGCCAGCGUGAACCAGGUGGACAGUGAGGGAUGGACGCCACUGCAUGUCGCUGCCUCCUGUGGCUACCCUGACAUUGCAGAUUUCCUUUUGCAGCAGGGAGCAUCUCUUUCUGCUGUGAACUGUGAUGGUGAUGUUCCUCUGGACAUUGCUCUGGAUGAGACGACGGAGUCCCUCCUUCAGGAUUACACUCAGAGACAGGGUGUGGACUUGGAUGCAGCUAAGCGUGUAGAGGAGGAACAGAUCAUGACAGAUGCCCGGACUUGGCUGACUGAAGGCCCACCUGCUGAUGUUCAACACCCAAAAACUGGAGCCACCCCACUGCACGUAGCUGCAGCUAAAGGCUACCUAGAGGCCCUGAAGAUACUCUGUCAGUGUGGGCUGGAUGUAUCUGCUAUAGACUUCGACGGCUGGACGCCUCUACACGCUGCAGCACACUGGGGCCAAGGCGAGGCCUGUCGCAUUCUGGCUGAGCAGUUGUGCAAUAUGGAGGCUCGCAGCAAUGCGGGUCAGACACCAUUUGAUGUAGCUGAUGAAAGCGUUGAAGAGCUCCUGGAGGAGUUAUCCCAAAAACAAGCCAAUUGGCGUAAUGAACGGUCCAUAUUGGAUAGGCAAAACCAAGCUGGCCCCAAUGCUGCGAAUGCACAAAACAAGCGGCGGAGGAGCUCAGUUUGCAGGAUGAGCAGUAAAGACAAGAUGAACGUACAGGACCAGUCUAAAGAGAGGGGAGUUUCAGGAGGACUGGAGCUGAGUGAGGAGAAGGAGGGCAGCCCAGAAAGCUCCACCGCAUCCAGCCCAGACACUGAGAGUGUGACCACAUCUACAGUCAGCCCUGCUGACAAGACGCCAGAGGAGAAAGACGAGGAGGAGGACAAGGAGCAGGACAAAGCGAAUCGCACUGCCAGAGUCCAACCGACUCCUCAGACAAGAGACAUUGCAGCCGAGAGUCCCAAUACUCCCAACGCUGACAGACGCAAAUUCCAGGCUCCAGUUCGAGAUGAAGAGUCGGAGUCUCAGAGGAAAGCUCGCUCUCGGCUAAUGCGCCAGUCUCGACGCUCCACACAGGGUGUGACUCUGACUGACCUAAAGGAAGCAGAGAAGAGUGUGGCAAAGACUGCUGAUCCUCCAGCUCGAAACAUCCAACCUGUCAGCCCCAUCGUCACUGUGACGCCGGCUGAAAGAGAUACAGACCCGGUGAAGCCGUUGGAGUUGGAGGGGGAUAAACGUCUGGGAGUGAGAGACAGACGACGAGGGAGGACGGAGAGACGAUCCACCGGCAUCAUUCAGCUGGAAGAAAACGACGAUGACGAUGCUCAACUGGAAGAAACAAACAGUAACAACUCAUCUUAUGGCAGUGAACUGGGCGACUCGUCCGCUGACUACAGAACGCUGUACAUCAAAGUACUGCAGGAGAACCUGGCGCUGAAGGACAAGCUGCAGGAAAUGGAGCUGCUGCUCAGCCAAAACAAAGUGGAGCUGGAGAGACUCCGACAGGUUCGGCAGAGUCAGGAGGGCAGCACGGAGCGACCGGCCCUGCUGGAGCUGGAGAGAUUUGAGAAGUUGGCCCUCCAGAGGAAAGCAGUGGAACUGGAAGAUGAGCUGAAGGUUCUGGGGGACCUCAGAGCCGACAACCAGAGGCUCAAGGAUGAAAACGCCGCCCUCAUUCGAGUCAUUAGUAAACUGUCAAGAUGAACCUGGAGGGGAAAAAAACACACCUACACGGAGAUGAAAAGUAUUACAGGUUUUAUCUUUUAUUCCCCCAAGUCAGAAGACACAAACCAGGAAGAGAGACGGAGCAUCAAACAUCUGCACAACAUCUGACAGCGACCAGAGCGACAGAUUUCAGGGUUUAUCGCCUGCGUUUGGGCCUUUUUAUGUUUUGGCAGAUCUACUGUAUAACAAGCUGAAACUGCACCUCCUGUGGACCGGCGGGGACGAUCCCGCUCACAUCCACCUUUUUUAUUAAGUUUUUAUUGUUGUAUUUUUUAAAAACUGGAAUAUUUUCAUGUGUAAAAAUCUGUAUUAGGAGACUUAAAGCCAUGCACAGCUCACAGUAAUGUUCUAGAUCGCUUCUGAAGGGGUGGAGAUGUGAAUUUAGGUAAACAAGCCAGUCAGGUGUGCGGGGUGGUUAUUAGAUAAAGGAGAAAGAAAGACUUAAAUGUGCCAAAAAGCAGCCCCAGUUCUACACGCCCUUUGGGGAAAACUUCCAGCGGUCAGUGUUGUUUUCUCAGGAUGGGUUGAUGCUUUCUGUUUUGUUUUGUUUCUUUAGCUGGCUGCUGUGAAGGUGGACCAAAUCUGCAUGCUCCUUUCUCCCUGCUCCUCCGAAUGUAUAUUUAAUAUGUAUAUUUAUGUACGGGGGCACAGUGAUGUAAAGGUGUAGCCUCUGUUGCACAAAGGGCGGAGAGUUCUUUUUUUUUUUUUUCUUUUUUGCCAGAAAAUGUUACAAAUGUGAGACCUUUGGGGAGGCUGUGGAGGACACAUGAUGCUCUGAUUUUUAGUACUGUACAUUAAGUAGAAACUUCACUUUCACACCAUCUGACUGGAUGAAAGCAGCAAGCCCUGAGCUAAGUAUUCACCCUGUGACGGACGGCUGUUGUAUUUUUGACAGACAGGCCAGAUGGGUCAACCUCUGAAUGUUUACUUCAGUUUUAAAAAGAAUAGAAAAAGCAUGUCAAAUUGUAUUUUGAUGCCGUGCCUUUCGAUAAUACAUUUGUAAGUAAUAUUUCUAUUUUGCUUGGGCAGCAUACAUUGUUGAGUAUAAAAUACAGUCUGGGCAUAAAUGA